AUCGUCAGUUAACAACGAAACAACUUGACCAGAUACGGAAGUUUUCCACCUCUUGUUUUACGUGAUAGCUUGUUGUUUUGUUUCCUAUAACGAAAUGGACACUUGUGUGAUACUUCCUGUCGAAGCGGAGGGAUUUAUUCAAAGUCUGGAAACUUUCUCUCUGAAGGAAGUGGGCUCUGAGAGGUGGUUCAGACAGCAUGAGUACAUCGAGAAACUUAAUAUGCAGGCGAUCCUGAACGCCUCUGCCUCACAUGAUGAGUUUGUCAAGGAGCUCCUGGUGUCAUAUGGGAAGAUUCCUAUUCUGGUCCAUGAAAUGAUCCUUGUCGAAGUGUGGAAGCACAAAGUGUUCCCCGUUCUACGUCAGCUGCAGGACUUUAAUCCCAAGAACACAUUUCAACUUUACACGGUGAUCCACCAUGAAGCCACUAUCAUAAACCUUCUUGAAACGAUAAUGUAUCAUAAGGAUUCAUGCGAGGCAGCUGAUGACUCUGUGCUCGACUUGGUGGAUUACUGCCACCGCAAACUCACCCUGCUGGCCAGCAAAGCCACCAGGGAGGGAGAAACAUCUUACAGCCAACACAAACUGACAGAGACAGCAGUCGUUUCCUCUAUAGAGGAGUUGCAGAUGCAGAGUGCUGCACUGGAGUUUGAAAUCUCUCUGAAGGCCGUCUCUGUGCUCCGCUACAUCACUGACCACACAGAGAGUAUCAGUGUCAUCAACCGCAUGCUGUGCACCCACAACAUCCCCUGUGUGCUGGUCCAGCUGAUUGACUGUUGCCCUUGGAGUCGCCGUAAAAACAGUCAGGUAGAAAAAUACAUAGAUGGCAGAUGGCAGAAGAUUCCUGCUCAGGACCGUUUGAAGAUGACAAAACUAGACGGGCAGCUCUGGAUCUCUCUUUACAACCUGCUGCUGAAGGAAGACUGCCAGAGGAAAUAUGACUUCAAUAAUUAUAACAAGAACCAGCUUCUAAAGCUGCGAGGUUUCUUGACUGAGGUGCUGAUUGAUCAGCUGCCAAACCUGGUGGAGCUGCAGCGAUACCUGGCUCACCUGGCCAUCACGGAUCCUGCCCCUCCAAAGAAAGAACUUGUUUUGGAACAGAUUCCAGAAAUGUGGGACCACAUUGUGAGAGAGAAUUCUGGGAAGUGGAAAGCAAUAGCAAAGUAUCAAGUCAAAGAAACGUUCAGCCCAUCUGAAAGUGACCUGAGGCUGCAGGCUCAGAGGUUGGCCCAGACGUAUAAUCUGGAUGUGAUGGAGAGUUUGCUCCCUGAGAAGCCAAAGUGUGGAUGCUGUGGGAAAGAGGCUGCAAAGAGAUGCUCUCGGUGUCAGGGAGAAUGGUACUGCCACAGAGAAUGUCAGGUGAAGCACUGGCCUAAACACAAGAGAGCCUGCCAGCUGAUGGUGGAGGCCACAGAGAAGAUCCAGAGGGACCUGCACCUUCACAGCUAACUGAGAGACUGAUGUAGGACUGGUGGCAGAUGGGAAAUGAGACUCUUUAGUCUUAUAAUAACCAAACAUACACUACUGGUCAAAAGUUUUAGAACACACCAACUUUUCCAGAAUUUAAUUGAAAAUUAUGCAGUUUAAUGUCUCAGUGUACUCUGAAAUUAAUGCACAUUUGCAACAUUUAAAAUUCUUUAUUGAGCAUGAUAGUGUUUUGAAAGUAAAAAAAGAUUCAAAAUCACAUUUUAUGUUGAACUAAAGGACUAAAAAAAGACACAAAAUGACCAAAAAAAGACACAAAAUGACCCAAAAAAGACACAAAAUGACCCAAAAAAGACACAAAAUUACAAAAAAAAGACACAAAAUGACUUACAAAGACAUGAAAAUAAUUCAAAAAUGGACAAAAUAGCCCAAGACUCCAUAGAGUUAAGUUGUUAACCCAUUUCUUGUUCCCUGAAAAAGGCCUACUUGUAUAAUUCUGAAAUGUACAUUAUUUUUCAGUUUUGGUUAAGCUUACCUUUUUUUAUUUACCUCUGGCAGUUCACCACUUACCUUUGGACCCUUUCAAGCUGUUCAUUUGACUUGAACUGCUUGAAUUUCAAUAAAAAACUGGAAAAAUUGGGGUGUUCUAAAACUUUUGACCGGUAGUGUAUAUAUAUAUAAACGAUGUAAAUUUUAAUUCCUAUGCAUUUUAAAAUGUUCCUCUGAUGCAGGAAAAAGGUAUGCCCAGUUACAGAACUGUGUUGUUCCUUUUUGUUUUGAAUGCUGUUAUGUUUGUACGGCAUACUGUUUUAAUCCCUUUUCCCUUAAUGAAAGAGCUUCUUCUCUGUCAAGUGAUCUUAUACUACUAACACAGUCGAGGUGUAUUCAACCUUACAGCAAAUAAAACGCUUUAACAACU